AUGAUGAUGUCGGCUCCCAUGCUUGCGUUUGUAGUGGCUCCCAUCUUCUACGCUCCCUUGAGCGAGCAGUUUGGGCGCAAGUACAUCCUCCAAGUGACCAACAUUGUGUACAUGAUCAUCUUGCGCUUCUUUAUGGGUAUGGCCGGUGUUGCACCGGUCGCCAUUGGCCCGGGUGUGGUUGCGGAUCUCUUUGAACCCGAGGAGCGUGGACAGGCAAUGGCCAUGUACACCCUGUCACCCAUCCUUGGCCCCUGUAUCGGCCCCAUCUACGCUGGAUGGAUCGUGCAAGAGUUUGGAGAAGACAAGUGGCCCUGGAUCUUUUGGGUAUCGACCAUGCUUGGCGGUGUGAUUACUGUACUGGGGCUCUUCUUCUUGCAAGAGACGUAUACCCCCGUGCUACUGGAGCAGAAGGCACGCCGCCUGCGGAAGGAGACGGGCAACGCCGAGUGGCACACCGUCUUUACAAUGAGAGAGCCGCUGCGUGUGCGCAUCUUCCACGGUCUCUUGCGUCCUUGUAUCUUCCUUGCGACACAGCCCGUGGUCCUGGUCACCUGUCUGUACCAAGGUAUCAUGUUUGGAUGUCAGUACCUGCUUCUUGCCUCCUUCUCGCGUGUGUUUAAGGAAGAGUACAAUCAACCUCCAGGUAUUGCUUCGCUGCAUUACUUUGCCAUGAUCAUCGGAUUCCUGAUCAGUGGAUUCAUUGGGGGCAGAUGGGUGGACUGGAACUAUGGCCGCUUGAAGGCCAAGAACAACGGGGUAGGCAAACCCGAAUUCAAACUCCCUCUGCUGGUAGUGACCGGCAUCAGCAUGCCUAUCGGUUUGAUCUUGUACGGUUGGACAGCCGAGUACAAAAUGCACUGGAUUGCACCCGAUAUUGGCAUCUUUAUCCUGGCGUGGGGCCUGCGCGCCACCAUGUUCAUCUGCCCUCUGUACCUGGCAGACUCUCAGGACGUCGAAGAAGAAGACGCGUACAUCGUGACGUGGGAUCAGAGCGAUGCGCAUGAGAACCCACGCAGCUGGUCACGACGAUACCGCAUGUUUCUCGUGUUUAUUGUCUCGUGCUACACGCUGCUGUCUCCCAUUUGCAGCACGAUGAAUGCGCCGGCACUUGAUACACUCCAGCGCGAGUUUCACGUCGAGUCCGAGACGGUGACCAACAUGAUGAUGUCGGCUUCGAUGCUUGCAUUUGUCAUAGCGCCGAUGUUUUAUGGUCCACUGAGCGAGCGUUUGGGACGCAAGUACAUCCUGCAAGUUUCGAAUGUCAUCGCAGAGCAGAUGAUUAUCCUGCGCUUUUUCAACGGCCUUGUGGGUUGUGCUCCUGUUGCGAUCGGCGCAGGAGUCAUUGCGGAUCUCUUUGAGCCGGACGAACGUGGCGAGGCUAUGGCCAUGUACACGCUCUCGCCUGUGCUAGGCCCGUGUAUCGGCCCCAUAUUUGCAGGCUGGAUUAUCCAGGGGUAUGGCGAAGAAAAGUGGCGCUGGAUCUUUUGGACGUCGACCAUGUUUGGAACGGCGAUCACCGUACUUGGUCUAUGCACACUAAAAGAGACUUAUUCGCCUGUCCUCCUGGAACGCAAAGCACGGCGUAUACGCAAAGAAACCGGCAACCCAGAAUGGCACACAAUAUUUACCAUCAAAGAGUCGCUCGCGACCCGCAUUGCGCAUGGUGUCAUGCGGCCGUGCAUUUUUUUGGCGACGCAACCCGUGGUCCUGGUGACGAGUAUUUACCAGGCGCUCUUGUUUGGGUGCCAGUACUUGCUGCUCGCCUCCUUUUCGCGUGUGUUCAAGGAAGAGUACCACCAGCCUCCUGGCAUUGCAUCGUUGCAUUAUAUUGCCAUGGGCCUCGGUUUUACAUUGAGUGGGCAGGUAGGCGGCCGCUUUGUUGACUGGAACUAUCGCCGGCUCAAGCAAAAGAAUGGCGGACAAGGGAUACCCGAGUUCAAACUUCCACUGUUAAUCGUUACUGGAUUCCUGAUGCCAAUUGGAUUGUUGAUUUACGGAUGGACGGUGGAGUACCAUGUCCACUGGAUUGUUCCAGAUAUUGGAAUUUUUAUUCUCGCAUGUGGCGUGCGCAUGACGCUAUUCAUCUGCCCUCUCUACCUAGCAGAUGCCAUCACGAUGUACACAGCGAGUGCAGCAAGCGCCCUCGUCAUGACGCGUGGUCUGUUUUCGUUCACAUUUCCCCUCUUUUCCCCUAUGCUGUACAGCCGGCUGGGCCAGGGUUGGGGAAAUAGCGUAUUGGCACUGGCAACGGCCUCGAUUGGCCUGCCUUCGCCCUUUAUUCUCUACCGUUACGGCGCUGGGCUGCGUGACCGAUCGGCCUACUCGAAGCGCGCCAUGAAACUUAUUUCAUGA